AGUAUGGAAAUGCAUUUAUAAUGGCCAAUUGACAAUUAGUGUAUAAUUAUGGCACAUCAAGUCAUGCCAUGUAUGUUAUUAACAUGGGUCAAUCAAGUCAUGUUGUCUGAGCAUCAUUAAUUUUACAUGUUGCACAGUGUGAGGCAAGACUCCUUAGAACGUGUCGGGAAGUCUAUUUAUCUAUUUAAAAUGGUUGCCUAUAGAAUGUUGAUGAUCUUGCAUCUGUGCUUGAUCUUGAAUUAUGAUCAUAUUUUGUGCGGCAGCGAGUUUAUUUAUUUAAACUUCUUGAAUCCUUGUCUUUGUGCUGGGAGUCGGGAAGUCUGUUUAUUUAUUUAAUAUGGUUGCCUGAAGAAUUUUAUGAUCUUGCAUAUGUGCUUGAUCUGGAUUUAUGAUCUUACCUUGUAUGACAACAGGUUUAUCCAUAAAUUAGCCUUCCGGGUUGUUUUGGGGAGUCAGGAAGUAUGACAAAUAUAAUUAUUGAGCCAAUAUUGCCUGCCAUGUCUAUCUUGUAUGACUUAUAAUUUUCGUGUUAAAUAUUACUGACAAUGGCUGGUUAUAAAUUGGCAAGAACAGAUUAAUUAUGAGAUAUAGAGUUGGGCUUCUUGCACCUUGCACUCUAUGUAUAAUAAAAUUCUGGGUUGCUUAUUGUCUUGUCAAUACACCAUCUACACCAUCUAUUCACUUAUUUUGGAACAUACUGCCACCAAAGAAAAGAAAAUCCUCAGCUCCUAAACCCACUCCACCAGCAAAGACAUCAAAGAGAUCCACUCGUCAUGCGUCUACAAUUGCCAGUAGUCAGACCAUUGCAGAUCCGAGUAUGUCCAUACAACCUGUCAGCCAAAUCAAUACAGAUUUGAAUCCAACCACACAACCAGUAAGCAGUGCCAGCAACCCACUCAUCGACUAUGACCAGUUGGCAGCAGCCAUCCUCAGGCAACAACAGCAAGCAAUGCCGUCUACAAGCAACCCCCCUAUUGCUGAUACACAACUGCAGGCGUCAUCGAGUAGCAAUAGUUCUAUUGAUUUGAAUAAUGCUAAUCUACUCAACAACCUUCAACAGCUAUUUUCAGGAAGCCAAGAAGAUUGCCCCAUGGUUGGACUCAACGCCAACAGUAGUGCCAAACGAGCUGAUCUACAUUUAAGUCAUUCAAGCCAACAGCUCCUUCAGGCAUCCUUGUCCCCAUCUGCGAAACAACUGUACCUCAGAAGUUGGACUCUACUACACAAAUUUUGUGUUUCUAAUAACCUACCUUUCUACUUUCCCUUUUCAGUAAUCAUUAUUUGUAACUUCGUAGGUGACUUAUUUACACAAGGCUUAGGCCCAGCCACGAUCACUUCACAUGUUUCGGCUAUAAGUUAUGUCCAUAAAUUGUAUAAUGUUUUCGACCCAACCCAUUCCUUCAUAGUUAGAAAAAUUCUUAAGGGUUCCCACAAUCUUUCAAAAUCUGUUGACACAAGACUUCCAAUUACAAAAUAUAUUCUUAUCAAAUUGCUCUCUGCAUUACAACACACAGUCCAAGAACAUGACGUAAGAGUUUUAUUGUCAGCUGUUUUUCUUCUUGCCUUCCAUGCCUUCAUGCGGCUAGGCGAAUUGGUUCCACGGAACAUCUCUUUUUACGCCAAAGUUAUACAGAGACAAGAUGUUCAGUUUUUGGAUGAUAAUGCAGUGCAGAUUAUCCUGAGGCAUGCCAAAAACUUUGCCAACAGUCAACCAAUAGUAUUAACACUGUCUGCAAAUGCCCUCAACCGCAACUUUUGCCCAGUCCAAGCCUUGAAAACACUCACUACUGAAUUUAAACACAGUUCAGGCCCACUAUUUACAUUUAAAUCAGGGCGUCCAGUUCCUCACAGUUAUGUGACAGCCCAAUUAAAGCAUGCAGUAUCAUUCAUUGGCUUGGACACAUCACAGUAUGCAGGGCAUAGUUUUCGUAUUGGUGCUGCAACAGAGGCUGCAAAGAGUGGUUUGGCCGAAAAUGUCAUUCAGCAACUUGGUCGUUGGCAUUCCAGUGCGAUCAAGCGUUACAUUAGAAUUAAUUCCUUUCAAUUUUAAAACCUUGUUAGGCUAUUAUCAUUACAUAUACUAGUAAUCAUUAA